AUCUAUCUCAGCGAAUGGAAAAUUUUUCCCUAUCCGACAGAGAAGCCUUGUUGGUCGAUAUAGCGCAAGAUGAUAUUAAGGUCAGUGCUGACGAGUGUCACCGCAGUCUGUUUGGUAAAGUGGUGGGAGACCGACCAGCGAGUUGGAUUGGGAUCAAGCGCUCAAUGACGCAGAUAUGGAGGCUUUCCCAACCUAUGGAGGUUAAGGAGCUGGAACCUAAUUACUUUCAAUUUAUUUUUCAAAGCAGAGACGACCUUAAAUGGGUCAGUCAUGGCACCAACUGGACGUUUGAGAACCAAUAUCUUAUUCUUCGAGAAUGGCGCUCUGGUCUGAACAGUAAGCACCCUUGCUUUCAAGAGCUCAAUAUUUGGGUUCAGGUAAUGAAUGUUCCUCUGAAUUGGCUCUGCACGGACGUUGGCAUUAAAAUAGGCACUGUUUUUAAAGAAGUGGAUAACGUGGUCAUUGCUAACUAUGGUAACCAUGGAGGAAAAUUUCUCC